CGCACCAUUUCCAGAGAACACCUCAAAAGAAUCAAAAAGAAUGCCGUCAGAAAUGGGAGACGGACGCCGGCGGCAGGCGGAGCGACCAGCGGAGGAGGCGGCGGCCGAACGGGGGAGGGAGCGGUGCCCCCGGUGCGACUCCCGGGACACCAAGUUCUGCUACUACAACAACUACAACACCUCCCAGCCCCGCCACUUCUGCCGCUCCUGCCGCCGCUACUGGACACUUGGCGGCUCCCUGCGCAACGUUCCCAUCGGCGGUUCCUCCCGCAAGCGCCUCCGCCCUUCCCCCGCCGCCACCUCCGCCGCCGCCCGGCCCCUCCGCCCCAUCCCUACCCUGGCCCCACCGACCCCCUCGCUGGACCUCCCGGCCUCCACCUCGCCCCCAUCCGCCUUCGGCUCGCUCCUUUCCAGCCCGGUCUCGGCCGGGUUCUUGGCGCUCGGCGAGCCGUUCUUCGAGGUCCGGACCGGGUUCGAGCUCGGUCUCGGUCUCGGGCUUGGUUCCGGACCGGCGGCAUCGCCGUCCAUCGAGGAGCUGGGGUUCGGGCUGGGGACCACGCUGCUGUGGCCCACCGCCCUGCUGGACGAGGAGGGGGUCGUCGGUGCCGGGGACACGUGGCGGUUGGGGAGCGCUGGAAUGGACUGCUUCGCUGCUCCGGCGCCUGCUGCGGUGUGGCCGGAUCUCGCCAUUGCACCCGCCGAGGGGAGCGGUGGUGCCGGAGGGGAGCUGCGGUAGAGUGGCAUCGUCGUGAAUAUUUCGGGUAUUGGGGGGUCUUUCCAGUUUUGCUGUGUUUGCUUUUGGAUGGCCCACGUUUGUGUCUGCUCGGUGCCUCCAGUGUACUGCAACAUAGAAGCCCACUUCCUCUUAUCUGUUCUUUUUCGUAAUCAUAUUCUUUUAAGUAAGCCUUUCUUUUUUUUUUUUUAACAGUUAGCCUUUUUCUUUGAAAGCGAGAAAUAAUAAUGUUUUAGCCACAGAGGGUGAAUGAUUUGGUUCACAGUAAUAAAGCAGUUGGUGAGACCUAAUAACUGAAGCAAGAAUUAAAGUGGGAGCUGAAUCUAUCAUGGGGAGUUCAAGGUCCGCCUCCAGCUAUAAAAAAGACAAAACGAAAGCACCGAAUUUAACCAACGCACUGUUUAUAUUUGCUCGCUUGUUUUCUUGCAUGCAGCCUAUUCAGUUUUUCUUAUGUUAAACCAUUGAAUAAUUCUUAAAAUGGGUCUCUCGCAUCGAUCUUAUAUCU